CGGGACACCGGGACAGCGACACCGGCACGGGAACCAGGUACACGGAGGACCGCCACACAGGGACAGAGACACCGGCAACGGAACGGAGACACAGACACCGGGACACCGGCACCGGGGCAGGGACACCGGGACACCGGCACCGGGACAGCGACACCGGCACCGGGACAACGACACCGCGGCAGGGAGAUCGGCACGGGAACGGGGCCACCGGCACCAGCGCGGGGCCAGGGACAGCGACACCGGCACCGAGACAGUGACACCGGCACGGUGAGCGGGGACAGCCACACGGGGACAGCGACACCGGCACCGGGACAGUGACAGCAGCCAGGAACGGGGACGGUGAUACCGGGACAGCGGCACCGGCCCGGGGACAGCGGCCCCGCCGCAGCCGGAGCAGGCGGGCUCGGCCGGGCGGCCCCGACUGAGCUGAACCCGGGGCGAGGCUCCCUCGGGGGGGCCCCCCCUGCGCCCCCCACCAUGGAGCCCCCCGCCCGCGCCUGCUCCUGCGGCUCCCCCGACAGCGAGGCCGAGGGGUCCCCCCGGGGCCCCCACAGACCCGAGCGCAGCCGAAAGAGGCCGGGGGGGCCCGACCGACCCCCCCCCGAGUCGCCACCGUCGCCCCACGAGGGGGGGAAGCGGCCGCGGAAGGGGGAGGGGGGAGACGGCCCCCCCAGCGACGGCGAUCGCCUGUUUGCCCAAAAAUGCCGGGAGCUCCGGGGCUUCAUCCGCCCGCUGGCCGAGCUGCUCGAGGGGCUGCGGAGGGGCCGCUACGACAAAGGGCUGAGCAGUUUCCAGCAGAGCGUGGCCAUGGACCGGCUGCAGCGAAUCAUCGGUGUCCUGCAGAACCCCCACAUGGGGGCGCGGUACCUGGGCACGCUGCUGCAGGUGGAGGUGAUGCUGCGCCUCUGGUUCCCCCACGUGGCCCCCAAAGCCUCUCUGGACGCCGCCGCCCCCUCCGCGACCCCGCCCGGCGCCGCCCCCGCCGGCCCCCGGCGCCCCCGCUGCCGCCGCGCCCAGAGACCCCGGAGCCGGCCCCGAGGGGACCCCCAGGAGCCCCCCGGCGCCGGACGAGUGAGGCCCCCCGGCUCGGGGGUCUCGGCUGCGUUCUGGGCUUUGCCUUUCUCGGACCGUUCUGCUCCGGCGCUCAGGAGGCCCCGCGGGCAGGGGCUCUGA